UGGUGGAGCGGCGGCGCCGCGUCCCGCAUCGCGCAUCGCCGCCGGUGCGCACGGGGCCGCCCGCAUGGUGGACAUCCUCCUGCCGCGGCCGCUCCCGAGCGCCAUGGGGGAGCCCGCCAAGAGUAAGUGCCGGGGCGGGAGGGCCGCGGGGCGCCGCGGUGCCGUCGGGCGGGCGCCGCGCUGACAGCGCCGGGAAGGGCCCCGCGGGCGGCUGCGGGCUCAGCGCGGGGCACGGCUCGGCGGCGUCUCCCCGCCGCCCCUCCGGCCGCCCCGCCGCCGCGCUCCCCGCGCCCGCUCCGUCCUUCCCUCUCGCGUCGUUCUUUCGUUCCCUCCUUCUCUUUCCGCGUUUCGGUUUUCUUUUUUUGUUUCUCUUUCCGUUUUCCUUUCUUUCUUUCUCUUUCUGUUCUUCCGUUUUUGUUUGGGGUUAUUUCUCUCUCUCUGCCCGAUGUCUCUUUUCCGUUUUCGUUUGUCCCCUUUCCUGCCCUCAUCCUCUCUUUCCGUUUUUUUCCCUUCGCGCUCCUUUCUCGUUCUGUCGUUCCGUCUUCGGUUCUUCUCCGUUCUUCCCUCCUUUCCGCCUUCCCCCCGUUCUGUAUUGGUCUUUCUGCGGUUCUGCUUUUAUUUCCACUUCCGAGAUCCCACUUUUCUGUCUCUUUCUGGGCUGAUUUCCCACGAUUUCCCCCAGUCAACUUUCUCCUCGGAAUUCCCACCGCUCCUUCCUCUCCCGUCGCGGCUCUUUUCUUUCUUUCCCCGUUCCCGUCUGUAUUUCUUUCUUUCUCUCUUUCAAUUUUGCUUAAAAAAAAAAAAACAACAAAACAAAACCAAAACCCCAAACAAACCCAACCAAAAACCCGAACCCCCAAAAGAACAAAGCCCCGCAGCCCGCAGCCUCCCCCCGCCGCUCGCUGACGCCGCGGCUCCCGCAGGACGGCCGGGGCUGGCGCUGUGCGCGGGCUGCGGCGGCCGCAUCCAGGACCCGUUCCUGCUGCGGGUGUCUCCGGACCUGGAGUGGCACGUCGCCUGCCUCAAGUGCGCCGAGUGCGGGCAGCCGCUGGACGAGACCUGCACGUGCUUCCUGCGCGACGGCAAGGCCUACUGCAAGCGGGACUACGGCAGGCUCUUCGGCAUCAAGUGCGCGCAGUGCCGGGCGGCCUUCAGCAGCAGCGACCUGGUGAUGCGCGCCCGCGACCACGUCUACCACCUGGAGUGCUUCCGCUGCGCCGCCUGCGGCCGCCAGCUGCUGCCCGGGGAUCAGUUCUGCCUGCGGGAGCGCGACCUGCUCUGCCGCGCCGACCACGGGCCGCCCCCCGACGGCGCCGCCGCCCGCGGGCCCCGCAGCCCCGCGCCGCCGCCCGCGCACCUCGCAGAGCCGGUGCCCGGACGGCCGCCCGGCCCGCGGCCGCAGUCGCACAAAGCGGCCGAGAAGACCACCCGCGUGCGGACGGUGCUGAACGAGAAGCAGCUGCACACGCUGCGGACCUGCUACGCCGCCAACCCGAGACCCGACGCCCUGAUGAAGGAGCAGCUGGUGGAGAUGACGGGGCUCAGCCCGCGCGUCAUCCGCGUCUGGUUCCAGAACAAGCGCUGCAAGGACAAGAAGAAGUCCAUCCUCAUGAAGCAGCUCCAGCAGCAGCAGCACAGCGACAAGACGAGCCUGCAGGGCCUCACCGGGACGCCGCUGGUGGCCGGCAGCCCCGUCCGGCACGAGAGCGCCGUGCAGGGCAGCGCGGUGGAGGUGCAGACCUACCAGCCGCCCUGGAAGGCGCUCAGCGACUUCGCGCUGCAGAGCGACCUGGAGCCGCCCGCCGCCUUCCAGCAGCUGGUCUCCUUCUCCGAGUCCGGCUCUUUGGGCACGUCCUCCGGCAGCGACGUGACCUCGCUGUCCUCCCAGCUCCCCGACACCCCCAACAGCAUGGUGCCCAGCCCGGCCGAGACGUGAGGCCGCCCGGCCCCCGCCGCCGCGGGACCUCCGCAUGCCGCGCUCCCUGCAUGAGACACCCGGCCCCGCGCCGCGCCCAGCGCGCCGGACGAGCGCCUUUGUCUUUUAAUUAUUCCUAUUUAAAACCAAACCGAACGUACCUUGCCGACGGCCGAAAAGCGCCGGGAUUCUCGCUGCCUUCACCGGACCGGAGAGAGAAAGAGAGAGCGAGCCCCCGCCCCGCUCAUUUCGUUGCGCGGAGGUUCGGCGCUGCGGAUUUCGAUGUUUCUUUUCCGCGAUGAAAGCGGAUUGCCCGGCGGGGCGCCGGCUCUUCCUCCUCGCCUGGAACAGAAACGAAAACUCGAAUCAAACCGAACGGGGGUCGGAGCCCCGCGGCCGUCGCGGCCGCCUCACGCCGGCGCCUCCCGCAGCACCGCGGCGCGGAGACGGGGCGCUGCGACGGGACAGCGCUGCCGGCGAUAGCGACGGACGGAGGGCGGAUUGUUUGAGCCUUUAAACGAACAAAAGUAAGUUAUUGCUAUUUAUUGUCAGAGUCAGCGGUUGAAUAGUGGGGUUAAAUAUUUUGGACUUAAUAAAAACAAACGAACAACAACACCACCACCGACAAAAAAAAAGGAAAACGAAAAGGAAGGAAAAACGUUGCGGCGGAGCGGAGCGCCGGGCGGGGCAGGCUCAGCCCGCAGCGCGGCUCUGCGGCACGGCCACCCGCACCGCUAAUCGGCUCCGACCGCCGCCCGUUUAUUUAUAGCCGGGAGGCGGAGCGCGGCUUUCCCUUUCGGGCAGCGCCCGGGGCCGUCCCGCACCUGCCGCGAUGCGGGGCUUUGCCGCGCGGCUCCCCUUCGCACACGGACGCUCCGUUCUCCCCGUCCGGCCGCGGGUGGCGGCUCCUCGCCUCCCUCCGCCCGCGCUCUCCGGCUCCCCGCCGCUCCCUCCCCUCCCUCGGCCGGGCGGAGGCGGCCGUCCCUCCGCGGCCCGACCCUUCGCGUUCCCGGAGCCGCCGCGGUGCGGGGGGGGCGGCGCGGCGCGGUGCGGUGAGGUGACUCCGGCCGCGCGGGAACAGCCGCGGGUUGGGCGCUGCGGGGGCCGUCGGGCUCACGGGGCGGCCCGGGCCGCUCGGGGCUGCGGUGGGGUCGCGGUGGGAGGGAUCCCCGCUUAACCGCGGGGCUCGGAGUUACCUGAGGGGCUCUUCGGCUGCCCGCGGCCCAGACGGAAAAGCCGAGCGGCCGAACGCCGUCGGCCCCCGCUCCGCCGGCCGGGCAGCGCCGCGGGGUCGAACGGCGACCGCCGCCGCCUCAGGCGCGGGCCGGGCCGCUGAGGGGGCGCGAGGGCGGCUCGGGGCGGCCCCGCGCGGAGGAGCGGCUCGCGCGGGAGAAAAGCUCGCGGAGACGGCGGCUGCUUCACAGGCUUUAAUUGCGGCUCGUGGAGACGUCACCCCGUUAGGAGAAGGGUUGGAAGGAGCGUUAUUAAAGUCUUAUCGAAACGUUGAAAACGUGCGUGGUUUACGACGGCCGCGUCGCCGCCGAAGAGCUGCGACCGAAGGUUCCCCACGGCCCCUUCUCCCCCCCCCGCCCCCCCCGCGCCUUCGCUCGCGGCAAUUCAGAGCCCAGCACGCCACAGACAGAAUAAGUUACUUUAUUACAGAGGUACAGAACUCAUUUCUGCUCGCAGUCUCCCCUCAGCAGCUGCUGAGCGCCGACGCCGCCGCACCGCGCCGCAGGAAGGCUCCGGGACGUUGGGACGCACGACCGAAAUUAACUCCAAUUAUCAAAAUUACAAAACAGAACUGGGAAGUAUCUACAGUACCGCGGAUAUAAAUAGUGCAAAUUACACCGAGCUGCAGGCAGUGCCGGCGCGGCCCUCAGCGCCGCAGGAAGAACUGGCGGGCCUCCUCCCAGCAGUGCCGGGGGAAGCGGUUGGACAGCUCGAGGGAGUCCUGAGCGCCGGGCCGCCUCUCUGGGGGAGACAGAACGGAAAAGUACCCCGUUAGUCCCUCUGCAGAAAGGCGGUAAUAAAAGAAAAAUAAGGACCGGGCGGCCAACUCCGGCCACGUCACGUCCUCCCCCCUCCCCCAUCCUCACGCCGCGCAGGGAGGUGAGCGCGGGGCUCUGAGCCCACGGCGUUCAGUGCGUGCGCCCAUCCGGCUCUGCCUCCUCCUCAGCAGCCGCUCCGCAGCCCCCGGAGCCGCAGCUGUCCUGGGAGGGCGGCGGGCCGCACACAUGUGCCAAGGUUGGCAGGGCCCAACCCCGCACCGAGCGAUGGAGAACUCCCAGACUCCCUUUUAAUCAUGGAAUGGCCUGGGUUGCAAAGGACCACAGUGCUCACCCAGUUCCAACCCCCUGCUAUGUGCAGGGUCGCCAACCAGCAGACCAGGCUGCCCAGAGCCACAUCCAGCCUGGCCUUGAGUGCCUCCAGGGAUGGGGCAUCCACAGCCUCCUUGGGCAACCUGUUCAGUGCGUCACCACCCUCUGGGGGAAAAACUUCCUCCUCAUAUCCAACCUAAACCUCCCCUGUCUCAGUUUAAAACCAUUCCCCCUUGUCCUGUCACCAUCCACCCUCGUAAGCAGCCGUUCCCCCUCCUGUUUAUAAGCAGUGUGGGUGCUCCCAUUUGCAUUUUGGGGGACACUGCCCUUCGCACUGACGUGAUAAAACAGAUAAAAAUAAUCCAGCCUACGCUGCUGUAAUUCUCUCUGCUUUUUGCAUCUGGGGAAUGUUUAGAAAUCACACUCUCAUGUCACCACGUAGUCAUCUUUGUUUAAAAGCUCAUUCCGUUUGAAUAAUGAAAAUAAAAAGCAGUCCCCCGCUUGCAUUUUA